UAGUCGACACUGUGACCGAGGUGAUUUUAGCCAUAAAAUCCUAUGAUCCAUCAGCAGAAGAGGCAAAGCCGUGGGUGGAGAGUAUCACGAAGCUUGAUGAGUAAGUUGUAUUUAUUUUUUGGUUGUCCCCGACACCGUUGCUUACAUUAAGUCCUAGCGCGCUACGGAAGAUCAAGUCCGACAUCGAUCGAAGACUGAAAAAAUUGGAGAAACGACCGGCUUUCAUGAAUGCAUUGUCCUACUUGAGAGACCCAGGAAAGAUCGAUGACCUAAAGAAAGAUUUUGACAAAGCAUUGACAUCGUUUCAGCUUAGGGCGAACCUAAUAGGCGGCGCCAAAUUAGCGGCCAUAGAACGUCGUCUACAGGAUGACAAAAUCUUGGAUAGUCUCCGAUUCCCUCAUAUCGCCCACGAUGAUUCGACUCAGGCAUGCCUAGAAGGCACUAGGGUGGAUCUCACUGAGCAUAUUAUGACAUGGUGCCGCAACACUGGAGAGAGUGAGAACCGGUUAAUGCUACUGACAGCUGUGGCGGGUGCCGGCAAGACUUCGAUUGCACUCACGAUAGCAGAACGAUGUGCGAGUGAAGAGGACGUUACCUUAUUGUUGCACUUCUUCUUUAAAGCGGGCGAACGGUCACGGCCCGAUUCUCUAUUCAGCGGCAUAGCUCGGGUUCUGGCAGAACAUGACCCGGUUUACCGCACUUGCAUUAUCUCUGCUCUUCGAAAAGACUCUUCCCUCUCAACAGCUCCACUUGCGAAGCAAUUCAGGGAUUUGGUGGCUUCGCCUCUCCUCCACAAACCUCCACCUCCCAGCCAUCCUAUGGUGGUCAUCAUCGAUGCUUUAGACGAGUGUGACAAAGAAGUGUUUGAGCCCCUUGCUGAAAUUCUUGGGGAGGAAGUGCCUAAGCUACCAUCUUCCAUUAAAUUCUUUAUCACAUCGAGACAAUUUGAUCUCGUGAAUCGCUUCCUCUCCCCCAAUUACCCUAUCGAUCGUCUCACUAUUGAUCUUUCGGAUAAGACAAACAUGCAGGACUGCACUGCAUACAUACGUUCUCAGCUUCAAAAGCUGAGGAAAGUACAUCCGGAUUUACGCCAUAAUCUUCAGGACGAAGAUAAAUCAGUACAGGAGAUCUUGGAACGUGCCAAUGGUUUGUUUAUCUGGAUCAGCACCAUCUUUCGCUACAUGAAGACGACCAGCGAGGAUCCUAUGGUGACACUAAAGAGCCUGCUUGACACCAGUACCAAACGAUCAAAGGUUCCUGCUGAGGAAAUGAUGGAUCGCUUGUACACAAACAUUCUGAAGAGGUGUAAUUGGAAGAUUGAAGGUUUUGUACAUGACUACCCGAUUGUGGUGGGAGCACUCUUCAUUGCACAGCAGCCUCUGUCCAUCGCAAGCUGGGAUAGGAUUUUGUUACCUUUUUUGAAAUCCUCUGUUCGAUAUACGUUGGCCGAACUUGCACCUCUCCUCUCGGGGGUUGAGAACCCUCACAUUCCGAUUCGCAUCCUACAUCAAUCCUUCCGCGACUUUAUUCUGGAUCGAAUCGACCCCCGAUCAAUCGGCCUUGGUUGCAGUUCAAUAGAUGUGAAGACCGAGAAUGCCAGGGUUGCCCUGCGAUGUACCGAGAUUCUCAACCAGGAUCUUUCCGCUGUAAAGGGCUUAGGACUGAUUGAAAAUUUGUCUGAAAAAGAUGAAAUGCCGCGCAUUCCUCCAGAGGAGCUAUCUGAGCACUUUCACUAUGCAUGUCGCUAUCUUGUCCAUCACCUCAGUGGCGUCCAGGACCCGGAGGAGGGGCUUGCUGGGUUAGUUGCCGUAUUUCUCAGUCAGGAAGCAACUCGCUGGGUGGAAGUUUGUGUGAGAAUGGAGGGCUACAUUAGUAUCUCGUUACUACCCAAGUGGGCCAAGCUGUUGAGCACCGGUCCAAGGAUGCUAUUCAUGCAUUGGCCAAUGAGCUUAUCCAGCUUGUGGAGAAUUUGUUUUUUUUUUUCAAGAUUCCAUGAGGCUUAUGAGGCAGCGAAUGAUUCCGUUGUGUUCUGCCGUGACCUUGUUUGUCUGGACCCAGGGACCUAUACCUCGGAUUUGACUGAGUCACUCAUCAGUCUAUAUUGCGCUCUUUCCAAUCUUGGACGGCACUCGGAGGCGCUCCCAUUUAUUGAAGAAAGCGUCAAACUCUACUGCCAGCUAGUUACUGUCCACCCAGGAUUAUAUACCCCAGAUCUGGCCAGGUCACUCAACAACCUAUGCAAUGCUCUUUCCAAGCUGGGACGGCACUCAGAGGCGCUCCCAUUCAUCGAAGAAAGCGUCGAGCUCCGACGCCAGCUAGUUGUUGUUCACCCAGGAUCAUACACCCCAGGUUUGGCCACGUCACUCAACAAUCUAUAUGCAACUAUUUCCAGUCUCGGACGGCACUCGGAGGCACUCCCAUUCAUUGAAGAAAGCGUCAAACUCUACCGGCAACUAGUUGCCGUUCAUCCAGGAUCGUACACCCCGCAUUUGGCCUUGUCACUCGGCAGCCUACGCAAUGCUCUUUCCAAUCUGGGACAGCAUUCAGAGGCGCUCCCAUUCAUUGAAGAAAGUGUCAAACUCCAACGCCAGCUAGUUGCCCUCCACCUAGGAUCAUACACCCCGGAUCUGGCCGGGUCACUCAACAAUCUAGCUUCCACUCUUUCCAAUCUCAGGCGGCACUCGGAGGCACUCCCAUUCAUUGAAGAAAGCACCAAACUCUACCGGCAACUAGUUGCCGUUCAUCCAGGAUCGUACACCCCGGAUUUGGCCGUGUCACUCGGCAGCCUAUGCAAUGCUCUUUCCAAUCUGGGACAGCAUUCAGAGGCGCUCCCAUUCAUCGAAGAAAGUGUCAAACUCCGACGCCAGCUAGUUGCCCUCCACCUAGGAUCAUACACCCCGGAUCUGGCCGGGUCACUCAACAAUCUAUAUAUCAUUCUUUCCAAUCUCAGACGGCACUCGGAGGCACUCCCAUUCAUUGAAGAAAGCACCAAACUCUACCGGCAACUAGUUGCCGUUCAUCCAGGAUCAUUCACCCCAGAUUUGGCUAUGUCACUCAAUAACCUACGUAUUGCUCUUUCCGAUCUUGGACGGCAUUCAGAGGCACUCCCAUUCAUCGAAGAGAGCGUCAAACUCUACCGCCAGCUCGUUGUUGUCCACCCAGGAUCAUACACCCCGGAUUUGGCCAUGUCACUCAGCAACCUAUGCAAUGCUCUUUCCAAUCUGGGACGGGACUCAGAGGCACUCCCAUUCAUUGAAGAAAGUGUCAAACUCCGACGCCAGCUAGUUGCUGUUCACCCAGGAUCAUACACCCCGGAUCUGGCCGUGUCACUCAACAAUCUAUAUAUCAUUCUUUCCGAUCAUGGACGGCACUCGGAGGCACUCCCAUUCAUUGAAGAAAGCGUCAAACUCUACCACCAACUAGUUGCCGUUCAUCCAGGAUCAUACACCCCGGAUUUGGCUAUGUCACUCGAUAAUCUACAUGGUGCUCUUUCCGAUCUCGGACGGCACUCGGAGGCACUCCCAUUCAUUGAAGAAAGCGUCAAACUCUACCGGCAACUAGUUGCCGUUUAUCCAGGAUCAUACACCCCGGAUUGGGCUCUGUCACUCAAUAAUCUAUGUACUGCUCUUUCCAAUCUUGGACGGCACUCAGAGGCACUCCCAUUUAUCGAAGAGAGUGUCAAACUCUAUCGCCAGCUAGUUGUUGUUCACCCAGGAUCAUACACCCCGGAUUUGGCCAUGUCACUCAACAACCUAUGCGACGCUCUUUCCGAUCUGGGACGGGACUCAGAGGCGCUCCCAUUCAUCGAAGAAAGUGUCAAACUCUACCGCCAGCUAGUUGCUGUUCACCCAGGAUCAUACACCUCGGAUUUGGCCUGGUCACUCAAUAAUCUAUAUGCAACUCUUUCCAGUCUCGGACGGCACUCGGAGGCACUCCUAUCCAUUGAAGAAUGUGUUCAAAUCUGGUGCCAGCUAGUUGUUGUUAACCCAGGAGCACAUGCUCCAGGAUUGGCUCACUCGCUCAACAAUCUCCGUACCGCACUCUCCAAUCUCGGGCGUCAUUUCGAUGCACUAAUGGUCCGCGAUUGAGUGGCCUAGGUUCUUUGGUCUUCCCCAUUCCGCGUAUCAUUUCCAUUUCCCGGCAUGGGCCAACCACACCAUAAUGCUCAUGCUGCAUGCACGAAAGGGGGCGUUCAACUCGAGAACACUGACAA